GAGGUCAAAGGUGACAGCUUCCGGGAACUGUUGCCUCCGCUGGCCACUCCUCCCUCUGUCGACCAGUUUCUUCGGGCAGCUGGGAGGCCAGUUAAAAAAAAAUGGAACCUUUUUCCUGUGACACUUUCGUGGCAUUACCUCCAGCAACAGUCGCUAACAGGAUAAUUUUUGGAAAAAAUUCAGAUAGACUCUGUGACGAAGUACAAGAGGUAGUUUAUUUUCCUGCUGCAGUUCAUGAUAACCUGGGAGAACAUCUUAAGUGUACAUAUAUAGAAAUUGAUCAAGUUCCUGAAACAUAUGCUGUUGUCCUGAGUCGCCCAGCUUGGUUGUGGGGUGCAGAAAUGGGAGCCAAUGAGCAUGGAGUUUGCAUUGGAAAUGAAGCUGUAUGGGGAAGAGAAGAAGUUUCUGAUGAAGAAGCACUACUAGGAAUGGAUCUUGUCAGGCUUGGCCUUGAAAGAGCUGAUACAGCUGAAAAAGCCCUCAAUGUCAUCGUUGAUUUAUUAGAAAAAUAUGGCCAGGGUGGAAAUUGCACAGAGGGUAGGAUGGCAUUUAGCUAUCACAACAGUUUCCUGAUAGCUGAUAGGAAUGAAGCCUGGAUACUGGAGACUGCAGGGAAGUACUGGGCAGCAGAAAAAGUUCAAGAGGGAGUUCGUAAUAUUUCUAAUCAGCUUUCCAUAACAACCAAGAUUGACCGGGAACACCCAGACAUGAGAACCUAUGCUAAGCAGAAAGGUUGGUGGGAUGGUAAAAACGAGUUUGAUUUUGCUGCAGCAUACUCCUAUCUUGACACAGCCAAGAUGAUGACUUCAUCAGGCAGAUACUAUGAGGGCUACAAGCUUCUAAAUAAGCACAAAGGAAACAUAACUUUUGAAACAAUGACGGAAAUUCUUCGGGACAAACCAAGUGGCAUCAAUAUGGAGGGAGAAUUCUUGACCACUGCAAGCAUGGUUUCUAUUUUACCUCAAGACUCCAGCCUUCCUUGCAUUCACUUCUUUACAGGGACUCCUGAUCCCGAGAGAUCUGUUUUUAAGCCUUUCAUAUUUGUGCCACAUAUUUCACAACUGUUGGAUACCAGUUCACCAACAUUUGAACUUGGAGACCUAGUUAAAAAGAAGUCACAUUUUAAGCCUGACAGAAGACACCCACUCUACCAGAAACAUCAACAGGCAUUGGAAGUAGUAAAUAAUAAUGAGGGAAAAGCCAAAAUAAUGUUGGACUACAUGAGGAAACUGGAGAAAGAGCAAUUCAGACAGAUGGAAUCAAUCCUUCAAAACAAGCAUCUUGAUGUGGAUAAAAUUGUUAAUCUAUUUCCUCAGUGUACAAAAGAUGAAAUUCAAAUUUAUCAGUCAAAUGUUAGUUCUUAGUGAUCAUAUGGUCAGCUAAUAUUAGUUCUUAGUGAUCAAUGGUCAGCAAUCUCCGAAGUUAUAAUCUGUCACCUUGGUAAAUUAUAUAAACCUAAUUUGAGCAGAUCUGAUUAUUCUUGGAUAGCAUUCAAGUGGUAUCUUGACUAUUAAAACUACAUUGUUGCUGAAAUACUCAGAAAGAAAACAUUGGAACUGGAUUAAUGUAUCGUGGAAUGUAGGUGUUAUUUCAGGUGAUGUACUUAUUAUUUUCUUUAGCUAUAGUAACUUUGUCAUGAUAAUUAAGUAUUCAAUUCUAUGUUAAGAAUGAAACAUUAAAAUGAUGCAUGGAUUUAUGUUUAUUAUAAUUAUUUAGUACUCUCAAAUGAUUUUCUCAGUUACAUCAAGAAAGCAGAUUUUCCUUAUUCAUGAAAAACAUCUCAAGUGAUGAGUUCUUUGUGCUUUAGGCAAAUAUUAACCAGCUCUAACGAGAAAAAUUUCUAGAUUUACACAUUGUUAAUACAGUAUAUUAGUUCUGCAAAUGCACUUUUAGUAAACUCAGACAUGCUCUUUGUCAAGAUUUGGCUAACCAGUGAGCUUGUAGCUCUGAUUAUCUAGCAUUUUUAGGGUCAGUAUCCUUAAUAGGCUUUUUUGUUAAUAAGAUAUAUUUUUACAAGAGCUUAUUUGGGAGAUUAGAGAAUAAGAUAAAAGAUCCAAACCUUAGGAUAUAUUGUUUCUGGGUCUGAAAUCUCUCUCAUUGUUAACUUCUGUUCACUCAGUGAAAACAGAAACAAGAACGAGGUAGUGGCAAUGAAACAAAAUUAUUAGUAUAUUAUGAACAUGAUAACAUUAACACUAUAAUGCAUUAUAUAUUAUGAAUAUUAUAAAUGAGUAACAGCUUCCUAAAGUUUAUAAAACAUUGUUUAGGUUACAUAAAGAUUAUCAAGUAAGACUCAAAAUUGCAAAUAUAAACAAAAGAAAAAUCCAACUGAAAAUAACACUAAGUAUUUUUGGGUUUCUAGAUUGUCCAUUUUGGUAUUUGGUUAUAUUAUCAUAUUUGCUAAUUGCUAUCAACACAAUUAGGUUAAUAAAGAAGUGGGUCAUUACAUUCAAAGAGUGCUCAGGAAGUUAUGUCUCAAAGUUCUCUCAUAAUACCAUCAUCUGCCUGAUACUGCUCUUGUCUAAUAUAGGGCUGACAUUACAAAGGAAAAGACGUCUGACUCAAGUACUCUCUUGAUUCUGUUAGCCUUAAGUUUGGUUCAGUGAUAGGCUGUCUCUACAUGAAGACCUCUGGCCAACCCCUAUACUCCUCUCUUUUAAUAGAUGAGGAAACCAAGGGCACACAGUUCAUUGAUUUCCUCAGGGACACAUGUAGGAAUCUUAUUUCCCUCUCUAGGGCAAGCAUGUUGUCACCUUCUCCUUUGCUGCCACCCUAGACUAAAUUAGCACCAUCUCUUACCUGGACCAUUGCAGUUAACUCUUCUCCUACACACUCCUUUUGUUCUUUAUCUCCAUCCACAUGAGUCACUGCAGCCAGAGUAAUCUAUAAAAAAUUUAAAUUUGAUUAUGAAUCCCCCUCCUAAAACUUUUUGAAAAGAGACUUUGUUUUUUGGAGCACUUUCAGGUUCACAGCAAAAUUGAACAGAAAGUACGGAGUUUCCAUAUAGCCCCUAUUACCACACAUGCAUAGCCUCCCCCACUGUCAACAUCAUAGUACCAGAAUAGUACAUUUGUUAGAAUCGAUGGCCCUACCUUGACACAUUAUCACCUGAAGUCCAUAGUUCGUUAGAGAUCACUGUUGAUAUGGUACAUCCUAUGGGCUUUGAAAAUUGUAAAAUGACAUGUAUUCACCAUUAUAGUAUUAUACAGAAUAGUUUCACUGCCCUAAAAAUCUUCUGCCUAUUUAUCCCACUCUCCCUCCAACCCCUGGCAACCACUGAUCUUUUUACUGUCUCCAUAGUUUUGCCUUUUCCAUAUGUCAUAUCAUCAGAAUCAUACAGUAUGUGAUUUCUAAGGAUUGUCUUCUUUAACUUACUUAGUAAUAUGCAUUUAAGGUUCCUCCAUGUCUUUUCAUGACUUGAUAUCUCAUUUUAGUUCUAAAUAAUAUUCCAUUGUCUGAAUGUACCACUAUUGAAGGACAUCUUGGUUGCUUCCAAAUUUUGAAAAUUAUGAAUAAACCUGCUGUAGAUAUCCA